AAGCUGAUAAAUACCACGAAUUAACGUGUCCGGUUAGUUAAACAGGCCUGGAGCUUUCGCUAGUUACCUUUUAAAAACAUAACGUUUGCUUUCGUUGCCUAUAUUACUAGGACAGUGUGACAUAACUUACUAUAUCAUACAAAAACAACAACAACUUUAAAUCGGUAAUGGCGAUGUCUUUCUUACGGUGAAGCAGCAUCGGCAAGAUCCGUUGCCAUAGUUACCGUGGAGAGAGGGCGAGACUGCUCACGUGACCCAGCAAGAUGGCGACCACAACGUAGAAUGGACGUGAAUGAUUUAAACUGAGUGGGUCCGUUUUGCUGGAUAUUUGCAUCUGCUGGUUAAUUGUUCUUCAUCAUCAUCAUCAUCAUCAUCAUAUCACAGAAUCAAGAUGGCCCUAAAUGUUUUUGAUCAUGAUGAAUACAGGCCACCGGUGUGGAAGUCUUACUUGUACCAGCUCCAGCAGGAGGCGCCUCAUCCACGCAGACUCACCUGCACCUGUGAGGUGGACAACCGACCUAAAUACUAUGGAAGAGAGUACCAUGGGAUGAUCUCCAGAGAAGAAGCCGACCAGUUACUGAGUCAGGCCGAAGGCAGCUACCUCAUCAGAGAGAGUCAGAGACAGCCGGGCACAUACACGCUGGCUCUAAGGUUCGGGAACCAGACGAGAAACUUCCGUCUAUACCAUGACGGGAAGCACUUUGUUGGUGAGAAGAGGUUUGAGUCCAUCCACGACCUGGUCACAGACGGCCUCAUCACACUCUACAUUGAGACGAAGGCAGCGGAGUACAUCGCUAAGAUGACCAUAAACCCAAUCUACGAACACGUGGGCUACACCACCCUGAACCAGGAGCCCACCCUGAAAAAACACCUGCCACUCAGCCCAGAGGCCGUAGAUGGGCCAACUCCGGCCAAAGGCGACCAUAAUGCCGAGGAGAGGCUCACAUCGCUGGUGCGGCGGGCCACCCUGAGGGAGAGCGACUUAGUGCCCAAGUAUGAGAAGGUCCACAACUUCAAGGUUCAUACAUUCAGAGGCCCCCACUGGUGUGAGUACUGUGCCAACUUCAUGUGGGGUCUCAUCGCUCAGGGAGUCAAGUGUGCAGACUGUGGGCUGAACGUCCACAAGCAGUGCUCCAAAGUCGUGCCGAACGACUGCCAGCCGGACCUGCGGCACGUCAAGAAGGUGUACAGCUGUGACCUGACCACGCUGGUCAAAGCCCACAACACCAAGAGGCCCAUGGUGGUCGACAUGUGCAUACAGGAACUGGAAGCUAGAGGUCUUCAGUCGGAGGGUUUGUACAGAAUAUCAGGCUUCAGUGAGCUGAUUGAAGAUGUCAAACUGGCCUUCGACAGAGAUGGAGAGAAGGCUGACAUCUCCUCAAGUGCAUACGAGGACAUCAACAUCAUCACCGGGGCCCUCAAACUCUACUUCAGAGAGCUGCCUAUCCCCCUCAUCACAUAUGAUGCCCACCCGCGCUUCAUAGAAGCCGCAAAGAUUGCAGACCCAGAAAAACGGCUGGAGUCUAUCCACGAGGCCUUGAAGCUGCUGCCACCAGCUCACUGCGAGACACUGCGAUACCUCAUGGCUCACCUCAAAAGAGUGACCCAGCAUGAGAAGGAGAAUCUCAUGUCCAGCGAGAACCUGGGCAUUGUCUUCGGCCCGACGCUGAUGAGGGCCCCGGAGCUGGACGCCAUGACAGCGCUCAACGAUAUCCGAUACCAGAGACUUGUGGUGGAAACGCUCAUUACCCACGAAGACGUGUUGUUCUGAGAGGACGGGAGGGAAAAGGAAGGAAGGACAGAUUGGGAAGAUGCUUUGUCCUCCUGUGAAAGACCUGUUCACGUUUGACAAGAAAAUGAAGAAGAAACACGCAAGAUACCUGAUGUCUUGCUAGAGAAGACGCUAACUACACUACCUGUCUGUGGGGAGUUGAUGGAAGGAGCAAUGAAGGAAAGGACACAUUGUUUCCCUACAUUUUAAAUGUAAGACAUUAACAAAACUUUACUCAACCAACAGACUUGAAGCUUCUAUAGAAGAUCCAAAAUUUGUAAUGAACAAAAUUAAUUACUGGAACUCUGAAAUCUUGGAACGAUCAUUUUCCAGCCUCACUAUGAUUAUCUCUCUUGAUUAAGAGAAAUAUGUUCCCUGUCCUAAGGAGAAAUUAAUAGUAGCAUUGCAACAACACUACUUUGUCUAUGUGGGGGAAACAUUGUGUGAUCCAUCUUUAUGGUAAUAUCUCCUCUUUGUUAAAUGGAUGCCUUGACAGUUUUCAGUUUUCUCCACACGACUUAUUUUCUGUCUCACAGCUACAUUUUAAAAGCCAUAGGUUAGCAUUGUUAGCAUUUACCACAGAAACCAAACGACACCACUAUUCACAAGCAUAUGAGCAAGUGUCGCCUAGUGGUCCUAAUCUGGUGGUGAGAGGUUAUUUUGCUCACUUUGUUUCCAGUAGUCCCGCGACCCUGUAAGCAGGAUAAGCGGUUGACGAUGGAUGGAUGGAUGGAUGGAUGGAUGGAUGUUUCCAGUAGUGUCAAGGCAUCCAUUUAAUCCUCCUCAAGAGAGGAAGAAACACUGACUGAACAGUAGACAGCUGGAUGAAUGAAUGAAUGGAAAAAGCGAACCACUCACCCAACACUCAUUCCUCUGAAUGGAACUUAAGUGACUUGGACCUAUAGUGAAUUCAUUCCUCUUUUUCAAAUAUUUACUUUACAGCUCCCUUCUACUGUUCCUCUGGCUUAAAUGUAAUAAUACAGUAAUUACACUUACAACUAAGUCGUUUUUUAUUUGCUAACAUAGAAAAGAGCCAAGCUCACUCCCCCUUUUUUGUGUCAUAUGAUAAACCUUUGUUUAAGAAAUGUUUUGCUGCUGUAUAAUUACAUCCAAUAAUGGUGAUGAUGGAGCUGUAAAUUUUUUUCUCACUGUCUUUGAACCAAGCCUGUGUUCUCUCACUUGAACCCCUCUGACUACUUUGCCGCUUAAAGGUGAAAACCUCUUGACAGAGUUCAGUGUCAUGUAGACAGUUAAAGGGAAGGUUUGGGAAAUGAUCUGCAGCCAAAUGUUGCCUUCCCUAGUUCUCCAUCAGGGCUUUAAAUUGGCAUGUUAUCGCCACGAUUGCAAAGCAUCUACACAGUAAAAUGUUGCUACUACAUUAGACAACGCUAACUUGUGAGUUUUUAUUUUAAAUAUCAUUUGGAAAGCGGCAUACAUCACACCAGGGGCAGGUGGUGAAGAGAGGAACAUAUUAUAAGUGACUUGAAAUAUGAAUAUGUGAACCCGUGCUUUAUGUUGUUUUUGCUUUGCUUUGGUUUUUCAUUUGUAUAAAGCAGUAUUGCAGUUAAGAAAUUUUAACAGGCAGAUUUUGUGCCCAAAAUACUAAUUUAAAUUCUUGAUUGUUUGCACGCAUGCAAUUCGACACGCUAAUAAUUUCAAGGCCUGUCAACUUUAUUGGCCCAUGUGGGGUAAUUCAGACACAGAGUGGGGAUGCUCCAGUACCAAGAGUGGUUUUUAAACACCAGAUUAUUCGAAAUCUUAAUAUUGUGUCCAUUCCCAAAAAUUAAAGCAAAGAAUCUCAAUAAAACAAAAAACAAUCCUAAUGUUUAUUACUCGUAUCAGUGUCUGCAGUUAAAGUUGUACUGGUGUUUCCCUCUCUCUGUGUGCCUGUUGGCAGUGAGGCCAUAACGUGACUCCCCCUGACAUGUUUGGAAAGAUGAUAUGUCUGCUUUCAUUUCAGUUGUGUUGGCUCCCGCUGCCGCCACAUCACCUAACUGUGAAAUUUUAAGAAAUAAUUAUAAUAUAUAAUAAAGAAAGCCACUUGCAGUCAUUUUAAACUUUUUUUCCCCUAUGCCUUUUCCAGACAGCGAAAACCCUGAGAAAAUAAGAUUUUACCUGGAUACAAGUUAUUGUAAUCAAUUUCUUUUCAGAUAUGUGAAGAUCGGGUUCUGGUUUAACGUUGCAUAUUGAAGGUUUUGCUGCAAUGUUUUGACCGCGCUCUGAUUUAAUUGUGGGAUGAUGUUGCCAAUUACGUGUAAUAUGAAGGAGUGUAUUUGCCAUGAUUUUUUAACUAGUGCCAUUUGAAAGUGGUGGAGGUGUAGAACGGAUGCCUUCUGCAUGGACCCCCACCUCCGCUAACACAUGCUUACCCCCCUCUUUAUUCACUUCUACCCCCAUUUCUGUCGGGGGUCACUGAUCACCUAUUCCUAGUGCGCUUCAUUUUUUUCAAAGCAGUGACGACCCACCACACGUCAGGAUCCGUUUCACAGAUAAAAGAUGGGGUCGGGUCCGUAAAAUUGAAGCGCACCCAUGCUGGGUAGCCUGCAAAUCAACAUGGAUGUACCAUAAAAGUAACAAAAGCAUUUUUGUAACAUUAUGGUUAUGUUUUGGUUUUUCAUGUGUUCUUUAUUUUAACAGUUUUUGUUGAUUUUGUUGUUUAUUCCUCCUUUUUUUUUUUUUAUUUAACCGUGUACUAACUCAUCACACUAACCUGAUAACUUGUGAGCCUUCAGUGAUCUGUGACACUUGCUUUUUUUGGCAUCAUGAAAUGUUUUAAAUUGUCAUUGCUGUAAAAUAUUUUCUAUAUGGUUUAUGCAUGGUAAAAUUAAAUUAUUAAAUAUGGCUACCACUUGGUGCAUGUCUGAA